GUCCUCUCCAUCGAUCUUCAUUUCUCGGGAAUUUUCAGUCGUUGCUAUCUACCUUCGUUCAUCACCCGUUCGUUCCUCUAUUCCCGGGUUGAUUCUUCACGUUCGUUCAUUUCCGAAGGCAGGCCCUUCUUUGUUCUUUUAAUAAUCCCAGAGACCAUCACUCCCUCUUUUCGGAUCCCAACUCACCGUCUAAUUUUCGAUUCCCAACAAUGGGUGACGAAGCAAGCCACGAUAACCACCUGGCACCCGCCGCGGACCAUGAUGUGCCCGCUGGUGUCGGAGCAAAUGAACUCAGAGAGCCCCCACGAGGACGCUUGACGCCUCGUCCAUCUUUUCUGGAGAACCUCGCCAGUUCCAGAGAAAAACAGUUUAUGUUGGGAAGACGCAACUCUAGCGAAAUCGAUCGAUAUUUUCACGGACCGCGAGAUCUCGAUCGACACUCCAAAUGGCCCAUCUUCCUUCGAAUGCACGGCAGUAUCAUGCCGAAAAUGAUUCUGCCACUUACCUUUGUCGCAGCUUGGGCCACCGUCAUUACCUGCAUCUCCAAGUUUGUCCACAACAUCGGCAUCAACGAUAUUCUUUUGACAGUUACCGGUUUCGUGGUCAGUUUGGCGCUGUCCUUCCGCAGUUCGACAGCCUAUGAGAGAUGGGCGGAUGGAAGAAAGUACUGGGCACUCCUCAAUCAGACGUCUCGCAACCUCGCACGUACCAUCUGGGUCAACACGGCAGAACGCGCAGGAGAGGAGGGCAAGGAGGACUUGCUGGCCAAACUGACGGCCAUGAAUCUCAUUCUGGCGUUUGCCGUUUCUCUCAAGCAUAAACUUCGAUUCGAACCCGAUGUGGGCUACGACGAUCUAGCCGGUCUGGUUGCACACCUCGACACGUUUGCCAAAGAAGCCCACGACCGCCAAGUGGUUCAGCCUCCGAAAAAGACGCCAUGGAAGUCAGUCGGUGAAUACCUGGGUGUUUCCUUUGCCGAGUCCAAUCCGAGAAAGCUUGUCAAGCGGUCCAAGAAGCCCUUGGGCCAUCUUCCUCUUGAGAUCUUGAACCAUCUCUCCGCAUACGUCGACCGGUGCAUCGCCAACAAUACUCUCAACGUCAGUCUCCACCAAGGACAAGCCAUCACCGCUCUGUCUACCCUGAACGAAGUCCUCACCGGCACCGAACGCGUCCUGGAUACUCCUCUUCCUGCCGCAUACAGCAUCUCCAUCGCCCAGAUUGCCUGGAUCUACGUCCUCGUGCUGCCCUUCCAGCUGUACGACUUUCUUGAAUGGGUGACCAUUCCGGCUUCCGUCGUUGCCGCCUACAUCAUUCUUGGACUCGCCUUUAUCGGCAGCGAAAUCGAGAACCCCUUCGGCCAAGACGUCAACGAUCUCCCUCUCGAUACUUAUUGCCGCCAGCUCGCCGUCGAGCUUGAUAUCAUCACCGCCAUGCCCCCGCCCAAACUGGACGAGUUCGGCACGCGCGAGGACAACUUCGUCCUCUUCCCUCUCAGCACAUCCGGUUACCCUGAAUGGAAGGACCGCUCGGUCGAAGAGAUUCGCGCCGCUCUGAGGGCGAAGGUGGUGGCCAACUACCCCUCCGCAGCGAUGUCGGAUGCGGCAACGAUGAUAGGAAGUGUGCGAAGCAAGCAGUCGGUUUAGUGUGGUAGAGGCGAUGGGUUAAAAGUUCAAAAGCAAGGAUAAGAGGGUAGAUUGUUUUGAUUGAUGUUUUGGGUGGUGUUCAACAAGCAUGAGAGUCUGGUGUUCUGUUUAAACAAAAAAGAGGAUUAUAUCAUGUGUAUCUAUGGUUGGUUGGGUCGGUCAUUCGUUACUAUACUUAGGUUGGUCUUUCGAUGUGAAUAUUUUGGGAUCUAUUUGAUAGAUCAUACUACUUGCUUAACUGGGUAUAUG